CACCUUUACACGGACUGGACACGCCCUGAUGGCAAACAAUAUAGCAGGUCCUGGUGAAUAAUUUACGGGCAUGUAAGCACUCACAGAUACCACAGAUCAUCGUGGACCGUUUCAGGCUGAUGAGUAGGCCGAGCACGGGAGGAUCGGGAAACCGUGUGACCCCUGGCGAGGUUAGUCCGGAACUCCCCCCGGUAGAGAUCGUGUACCCGUCCGCCGUACCAGGCGCUUGGCCUCACAACAUGUCGGGGUCCUACACGCUAAAGGGGGACCUGGCCGGGCUGGAAAACGGCGCCAUGGAGCUGCAGGAGUCGCCCGGCAAGCCGGCCGUGGUCGACAUCGAUGAUCCCAGGCCUCCUGGGCCCGAGAGGGAGCCAGACGGAGGGUUGAGGCGGUGGGAGAGCGCGGAAGCCCUGAACAUCUCUCUACACCAGGCUGCCAGAGAUGGGGAUGAAGAGGUUGUGAAGAAAGUGCUGAGCCGCUUUUCCGGCAAUUUGAAGCGGAAGAAAAUUAACGAACUAGACGAGGAGAAGCUGUGUCCGCUACACUACGCCGCCAGGAACAACGACUACCAAAUGGUCAAGCUGUUGGUGGAGAAUGGAGCAGAUGUGAAUCGUAAAGGAGAAGAUGACACCAGGGCAAUCCACUUUGCUGCUCGCUUCAGGAGGCUGAAGAGGGAGCAGUCAGAGGAGCAGAUCAACGAGGCAGUGUUGAGCCAGCAGGACAGCGUGAUCCAGUACCUGGUGUCGCAGGGCGUCCAUGUGAACGAGAAGGACUACUACGGUCAGACAGCGCUGCACUUCGCCUGCAUCAGGGACAACGCAACAGCGGCACAAGACUUGCUGCGCUGUGAGGGAAUAAAUGUCGAGGCCAAAGACAAACAGGAGAUGACAGCCCUCCAUCUCUGCGCCAUCCACGAGUCUAACGAGAUCGGCGCGAUGUUGAUCGCAGCCGGAGCGAACCUGCGUGCGUGUGAGGAGGAACUGCUGACACCUCUCCACUUCGCCUGCCAGUCUGGGAACCUGAAGCUCGCCCAGAUGCUGUUUGAUGCUGCAGAGAAACUGGACGGCUGGGUCACCAUAUCCCAGAUGGUGACUGACCAGGACAAUGAUGAGAACACCUGCCUGCACAUGGCAGUGGACAAUGGGGAGCUGGAGCUGGUACAGCUCUGCCUGGAGAAAGGUGCUGAUGUGAACAGACCUCGGACAAACUUCGCCACACCGCUCCAUCUGGCCUGUGUGUCGGGAAACCUGGACAUUGUCAAACUUCUGCUGGCGCACAACGCUCGCUCCAAUGCCCUGAACGUCAACCAGGAGGCACCUAUACACAAGGCUGCCAGCUUUAACCAUGCACAUGUGGUCAAGUACCUGCUGGAGAAGGGUGCCCAGGUAGACAGGAGGGAGAAGGAUAACUUCACCCCACUACUGCUGGCAGCCUCUGAGGGCCACGUGGAGACAAUCCAGAUGCUGUUGGACAACAAGGCGAACAUCGCCGCUGUGGACAAGUAUGACAAGACUGCCAUAUACUGGGCAGCACAGGAGGACAGGCUAGAUGCUCUACAGGUAUUACUGGACCACCCCCUGGCAGAGUCCCUGUUGGAAGAGUCCGACCGCUACGACAACACCCCCCUGCACAUCUCAGCUGAGAAGGGGUACCUUGGAUGUGUGAAGGCCUUGCUGGACAAGGGUGCAUACAUUGAUACCAAGAAUGAAGAAGAGCAGAUGGCACUUCACCUUGCAGCUAAGAGUGGCAGGACAAAGGUGGUUCGAGAACUGGUCAAGAGAGACAAGACCAUUAUCAACGGGGAGGACGAGAACUCCUGCACACCGCUGCACCUGGCUUCCAUCGCAGGUCAUACCAAGGUGGUGCAGGUGCUGCUGGAGGCAGGUGCCAACAUCGAGGCCAGAAACACCAAUGGCUGGACCCCGCUUGACUGUGCAGCAGCAGAGGGAUGGACCAAAACUGCCAUGGCCCUUCUAGAUGACGACUCCCCUGUGGACCCUACUGAUAAGGCCAAGACUACUCCGCUGCACCUGGCGUCCUCCCGCGGCCACGUGGAGAUGGUGGAACUCCUGCUGAAGUGGAACGCGAACAUCGCCCUCAAGAACGACGCUGGUCUGAACUGUCUGGACCUGGCCAUAGACAAUGGCCACAAGGACACGGCAGCAGUGAUUGUCAAUGAUGAAAACUGGGAGAUGGCAAUGCGAAACAAAACAACUGAUCUGGCAACAGGGAUGGCGACCACUCCCAUGAGGAAACUCAUCCGGAAGAUGCCAUCGGUUGCUGAGCUCGUCUUCAACAAGUGUACCACAUCCAAUGGUCUGAAUCCUGAACACAAGAAGUAUGAGAUCACCUUCAACUACGAGUUUCUGGAUGACAUGUACGCACCAUGGCUUCAGGACAUCGACAGCGAGAAGAUGUCAAUCAUGAGUGGUGAGAGCAACGAGGUCUACGACAAGGAGAACUAUGUGAAGGAGGGGGUGCAGGCAUACUCAACUGACUCCAAUGUGCUGAAGAAGAACCACCCUCUACAGAUAAUGGUUAUCUCCAAGCGAGAGCACCUUCUGGCCCACCCCCUGUCCACCAGCCUCCUGCGACACAAAUGGACCAAAUAUGGGCGAUACAUCUACUACUUCUCCCUCGCCCUCUAUCUCCUCUUCCUCACCUUCCUCACCGGCUACCUGGUCACCGUUCGACCGCCGUAUGUUGAUUCCGCUGACAAUGAAACCCAGGCAUCUUGGGAAAGAUGGUCAACAAACAACACCUCUGUCAUCUUGGUCUUCACUGUCGUCGGAAAGUUCAUUAUAUUGGGCUUGGCAGCCUUCCAUAUCAUUAAAGAGGUGGUGCAGAUGUUCGUUCAGCGGUCAGACUACCUGACAGUAGAAAACCUGCUGGAGUGGACGCUGUACACGCUGUCUGUUCUGUUCGUCAUCGACCUGAAGGCAGAAGACUGGAUCAGCUCAACUCAGCCCAUGAAAGAGAACUGGCAGUGGGAGGUCGGAGCUGUCGCCAUCUUCCUGGCAUGGAUGGACCUCAUCCUCUUCAUCCGCAAGUUCCCGCGGUUCGGCAUCUACGUGGUGAUGUUCACCGACAUCCUGACAACCUUCCUCAAGUUCGCUGUGGUUUUCUUCCUGUUUGUUGUGGCUUUUGCGCUGUGCUUCUACGCACUGGUCUCCAAUCAGUUCUCAUUCAGAACUGUGGACGUCUCCUUGGUGAAGACUGCAGUGAUGAUGAUCGGAGAGUUUGAGUUUGACUCCAUGUUCCACACGUUUGAAGACAAAGGAGAUUUAGCCGAGUAUUCAGAUCAACUGUUCUACGGACCAGUCACCUACAUCAUCUUUGUGGUGUUCUUGAUCGUUGGUUCCAUCAUCAUCAUGAACCUCUUGGUUGGUCUGGCUGUAGAUGACAUCAAAGGUGUGCAGGAGGAGGCUGUGUUGGAGAGACUGGCCAUGCAGGUGGACUUGACCUUGGAUGUGGAACAGAACCUUCCGGAGUUCAUCCGUAAGAGGUUUGUGAGAAAGUCGGAGACGAUGAGGCCCAACGGCAUCCACACCACUGCCCUGAAGGCCUGGCUGUUCUCCGACAGUGCAACAUCUGCACAAGCCAUCGCAAAGGCACUCAACCCAGAGAAGACUGAGAUAGAGAAGCUCCAGGAGCAGCAGGAGGAACUGAUGGGUGUGGUGAACGAGCUUCGGUACCGAGUCAAGAACAUGAAGUACCAGAACGACCGGCUGGAGGAGCUGCUCAACGCACUGGUCGACCAUUCAGGGCUCAAAGUGGACGAGGAAGACAAGAUUGAACAUGAAGUGAGGUGGAGAAGACAUGAGAGUAUCAACCCUAUGGCAAAUGUGUACCAUGCCUUCAGAUUGAAAAGGACGGUGCACAACGUAUGAUGAAGUCACGCCCCGGCAUGGCAAGGACAAAAGAAAAGUGAUGCCUUGGAAAUUCCCCGGCAUGUUAGCUAACAUCACCACCUAUCAUAUACUAUGUAAUUGUGGGAAAGCAUGGGGUUAGAUGUACCUAAUCUGUACGAAUACGCAGGAGUUUGGUCCACUUAUGAUCCCAAAGUUCAGCAUGACUCUGUAUUUUAUACGACAUUCACUGCAUGUACAAAGCAAUUUAAUCCUGUAGUGGUGUGAGUAAUAAACGUACUAUAUUUACAUUCAUUUGUUGAUGUAAAUUCCUGUCUUAAACCAAUCCCAACCCCACUCACCCACAGACAACCAACCAACCCCCGCCCGCCCCAGGCCAAUUUAUAUACACUACCAUUUUAGAAAAGUGAUAGAAUAAGAUAGUACAAUUGGAAAAGCAGAAGAUUUGGGGAGAUUACUUCAUGGUUUAUUAUCAGAUUUUUUUUCUUAAAGUUUUGAAGCUAUUUUGAGGAUUUUAUUUGUAAAGAGUGUAUUGUGAUUAUGGCUGUUUUGAACCCACCUCAAAUAUUUGUACAUUAUGACAAAUUGUUUUAAAGAUUUGAAAACACGUAAGAAAAUGGAUGCCAAAGAAAAGAUGUUAGAUUUUCUGUAAACAGUAAUUGUUUGGUAUAAUCAAACUAAGGUAAAUGCUGGUAAUAGAAAUAUUUGUGUGUGUGUUUGACAUAUAGAUAAAAUUUAGUUUUAAGUUUUAAGCUUGCAAGAUUAUGUGUCACAUUGACAAGCCUGCUUUUAUAGUCACUACAGAUAAAUUUAUGUGAAACUAAGGAACUGUAGACAACUAUAUAAGGAUAAGGAAUCUUGCGCUCUCUCAGAGGAAUAAGUAAGGAAACUUGAUGUUCAAGUGAUGUGCUACAGAAUAAGUCAUUUAGAGUGUGUACACAUGUAGUGGUUUAUGCCAGGUUAAAUGUUUCAUCUCUUGGACAAGAGUGUGUUUUGCUCUAACAGGCCAGAACAUAUUCUUAUCAUAUUCAGGCACAUGAUGAGAAGGCCACAAUUUUCCCCCACCAACUUCUGCUUGGAGAGUAUCUUCAAGCUACACAAAAGUACCACACUCUCUGGGUGGCAAUUUCUUAUUCUGCCACCAAAUGUGGUCUUUUUGUAUGAAAGAAAUAGUUUUCCAUUAUUUUGGAAGAUUUUGAAAAUUAGUUGUAACCAUUUGACACAAAGAUCAUUAAUACAUUUUUAUGACUCACCAUGUUCACCAGAUUGCUCUGUGUGUCAACCAACUCCAACGUAUGUUUUUUACAGAAUUUUAACUCAGGUAUGUAUUACUGGCCAGGGGAGGUCAAUAGACCUCUCUUUGACCUUUGAACAAUUCACACUACGCAAUGUCACAGCUCUAUUGUGUGAGUUUUUAAUGGUAACUUUAUAUAAACCUACAGUAGACAUUUAUACUCUGAAGGAGUAUUUUUUACCAAAAUUGAACAGAAAAGGUCACACUAUGGUCUACAACAGCAGAGAGAAUACAAACAUUACAUUUUUUUUAAAUUUCAGAAUCAAAGAGCAAAUCUUCAUAGAGCAAAUCUCAAAUGUUACAGUAUCUGCUCUAGUUAGCACCACCACCAGAUGUUUAAUAUAAAAAAAAUAUAGUGGUGAAGCAACAUAGGUUAACAAAAAACUCUCCAAAAUCUUUGGUUGGGAUUACAUGAUAUAUUUAGGGAAAGUUGUAGAAUAUUUCGUCAUGAAUUUUGACUUAUGAAUUUUGUUAUAUUUCGCAUAUGGUAGAGCCUUGAAUUUUGUAUAUGUGCAACUUAUAAAAGAAAUAUAUUAUAAGAUCUCAAGAAUAUGUUCAACUUGAUAUUUAGUACCUUUAUCUGCCAUGAAUGUUUUGUUAGUUUGGGCAAAUGUCCCCCCCCCCCCCCCCAACCAUCAAUUUUGAGAUAUGAAUUUGUCUACCUUACUCCAAAAACACUUGAAUGCAAUAUUACAACAUCUUAAAAGGAAUGUAGGUUUGAACAUUUCAUAUUAAAUCUCUUGAAAUAUUUUGUUACAUUUUGAAAUAAUAACAAAUUUAUAUUUAAAAGAAGCAAUGUUAUAGUUGUCAAUAGACUAUAGAAUGUAGUCUACAUAGAGGUCCUAUGUCUAAGUGUUUUUGUCUGUAUGACCAAGGCCGUAAAUUAUUUGAUGUGAUUGUUAGAAUCUAAUAAAAGACUUUUGUGUCUUUGCAAUGAUA